AUGAGUUUCCGAUACGCCCUUGCCAGCGGAUACUGCCCUUCAUGCGGCGGACAACCGGUUGCCCCACAUUCAUCUCUUGAAGCAAAUGAUUUAAGGCUGGAAAAUGCUAGGCUUAAAGCAGAGAUUGCAAGGGCCAAAGAUUUUCUAGCACAGUUUAAAGAGAAUGAGUCUCUCAAUCAGAACAACGUUUGUCCUAAUCCUCCACCUGAUGUCGAGGAGGAAGGGCAACUGGAAGGAAAUCUUCAUUUCAAGGAUACACCAACAAUGUCUUUUGGAGUACGAUCACCAUCACCACCACCUCCUGUGAAUAACCUUGACAGGAGAUGGAUCAAUGAACUCGCAAGUUCCGGCAUGAGUGAAUUAUACCAGAUGUCAUUAGCUGAAUAUCCUUUAUGGGUUCCAAGCAAUGAACAAAGGCAACUACAGCUCAACCAAGAGAUUUAUUACGAAAUUUUCAAAAAAGUAGAAAAUGUGAUGAGACGACCUUCUUCUUUUAAGCGAGAAGGAACCCGACACACUGAGAUUGUUAUGAUGGACUCCUUGCUUCUCGUCAAUGUCUUGAUGGAAAUGGAAAAGUUUUUAGCUGUUUUUAAUAGCAUUGUUUCAAAGGUUGAUAUUCUCGACAUCAUCACAGCUGGUGAAGCUGGAAGCUGUGGUCAUUCUUUGCUAGUGCUGUCUGUGGAAUAUCAUGUCCUCACCCCCAUUGUUCCGACAAGGAAUAGCAUAUUUGCGAGACAUUGUAGAAAAUUUGCUGACGAUACGUGGGUUGUGGUUGAUGUCUCUUUGGAUCACAAGUAUGGAACGGGUUCAGUACACCCUAACUGCCAUCGGAUGCCAUCAGGAUGUAUCAUCCAAGCCAUUCCAAGUGGUGGCUCCAGAGUUACAUGGAUUGAGCAUGUAGAGGUCGAAGAUCGAAGAGUUCAUUCAUUGAGAAAGCCUUGUGUUGACUCUCUUCUUGCUUUUGGAGCUGAACGAUGGGUUUCGAUUCUAGCAAGACAAUGUGAACGGCUUGCAGCUGUGUCAGUUCUUAAUUUUCCUCCUGAUGAUGUCAAUCAUAUUGUUCUAACGCAUCCAAAGGUUAGGAGAGAUAUAUUUAAGCUAUCUGAAAGCAUGGUGUUAAGCUUCUCUAAUGGAGUGACAUCAUCACCUUCGCAUUCAUGGAUAAACCAAUCAUCCGGCAAUGGAAGUGAUCGAAUCAGAUUCGCCAUAAAAACCACUCAGAGCAACGAUCCGGCCGGCAAAGCCUCUUCGACUAUAUUAAGUGCGACAACCUUCUUCUGGCUUCCACUCCACCAUAAAUUGGUGUUCGAGUUCCUCUCGGAUCAAAAUACUCGAAAACAGUGGAACAUUUUGGCAAGAACAGGAGAAAUUGAGGAAUUUGUUCACAUCACCACCGGGCAUGAAGUUGCCAACUGUGUAUCUAUGUUCCGAGUGCUUAAUGGUGCAAACACUGGACCAGAACUGCUGGUUCUCCAAGAAUGUAGCACAAAUCCAACAUCAUCUUGUGUUGUUUAUGCCCCAAUCGAUUCUCAAGGUGUAAGAAAAUUAUUAUUCGGCCGAAUGCCAGAAAAUGGGGAAGAUCUCCUCCCUUCCGGAUUUACUAUAUAUCCCAGUUGCAGGCCAUCAUCACUAGCAACAUUGACGAAUCCUGAACAAGUGAUUUCGAGAGCCGGUGCCGGAGCUGCCGGAUCGCUUGUAACAAUGUCUUUCCAAGUUCAGGUUGAUCCUUCAGAUACCACAUCCAUCUUUUCCAUUAAUGGAUCGAUUGCCUCCAUAACUUCUCUCAUCGAGUCUACCAUGAAGAGGAUCAAAACGGGUUUGCUCCCAAAUUUUCUCUAA